AGGAAGAAGAAGGAGCCAACACAGAAGGAAAUAGAUCAGGCUUAGAGAUAUGCAUUAGUUAGCUUUCAUAGUUGAUUACUAUUCGGUUCAAAUUAGAUUUAGGUUUCCUAUUUGAUAGCUAGUCGGUUCAGGUUAGAGUCCGAUUGUUAGGUGCCGGCUCUAGCUAUUUAUGCAGAGUGCAUGGCUGACUUUGGGAUUAAGCAAUAGAUCAAUUUAUCUCCUACCUCUUCUCUAGUCCUGCCUCCCCAGUGUGGUGCCGACCACGGCUCCUCCGUGCCGUCGAGGUCCAGGACCACGUCCGACCACUUCCUUCAAGUACAACCUUCACAGUAUCCCUCCCUCCAAUGUAUACGCCCGUGACAAAAACACAAGCAUCCUUCAAGUCUGUGACCCUACGUAGUAUCAUACAAUGCAUAGGGGGAGGUGCCAUGAAGAUUAUCAUGUUGGGUUACCAACUGAUUACAUUACUGGAUAAUGUCCAUGGUGGGCUAGCUUCUUUCAAGCAAAAGAUUAGAGAACGACAACGACGCAGGCCAGAUAAGGCUUCUGCAGACCAAUGUGGUAUUGACUUGGACGAUAUUUUAGAUGGUCAAAAGUUAUGGAGAAAAGAGGAAAAAGGCUGGGCAAAGUUGUUCUAGAAGCAAACUCAGUGUGAUAAUAAGGGGAAAACGGUAGAUAAGGGCAUUCAUAAUCGUGAAGAAUUACACCGAGGAAUGAUGCAACUGACACUAAAAAUGUGUUUCAGCAAGCAAAACUAAGAUAUACAUGGUCCUCGAGUACGUAAAUGGAGGAGAAUUAUUUGACAAAAUUGCAUUGAAGGGGAAGGUGUCCGAGAAGGAAGGGAGAAAACUAUUCCAGCAGCUAAUGGAUGCUGUAAGCUAUUGCCACGAGAAGGGAGUUUAUCAUAGGGACCUCAAGCCAGAGAAUGUCCUUGUUGAUGCAAAAGGAAACAUAAAGGUUUCCGAUUUUGGGCUAAGUGCCCUUCCACAAAAUCAACGGAAAGACGGUUUGCUGCAUACCACAUGUGGCAGCCCAAACUACAUAGCCCCAGAGGUCCUUCUCAACAGAGGUUACGAUGGCUCGAUGUCUGACAUAUGGUCGUGUGGUGUUAUUCUAUAUGUAAUGCUUACAGGGAAUCUUCCAUUUGACAACCAAAAUGUGGUUGCUCUAUAUCAGAAGAUUCUGAAGGGGAAUGCUCAUAUUCCUAAGUGGCUCUCUCAAGGUGCUCAAGAUAUACUGCGAAAGAUCCUGGAUCCUAACCCAAUUACGCGCAUAAAUAUGGAUGGAAUAAGGGCACAUGAUUGGUUCAAGCAAGGUUAUGCUCCUGCUGUGCCUUAUGAUGAUGAAGAAGAUAACAGCAUGGAUGAAGGCAGCCUAAAUAUGACUGAGCAUAAUGACAUUCAAGACAACAUAUCAAUCAACCAAAUCAAUGCUUUUCAACUCAUUGGAAUGUCCUCUUGCCUUGAUUUAUCUGGAUUUUUUGAGAAAGAGGAUGUUUCUGAAAGGAAAAUCAGAUUUGCAUCCAAUUAUUCCCCAGCUUAUUUAUUCGAGAAGAUUGAGAGCAUUAUCACAAAAAUGGGUUUUCAAGUACAGAAGAGCAAUGGAAAGUUAAAAGUGAUCCAAGAUUGCAAGGGACCAGCAAAUCCAAGAGGGCACGAAUCAUUAUUGAUUUAUGCUGAGGUGUUUGAGAUCAAUGAAUCUCUUUAUGUUGUUGAGUUAAAAAAGUCAUCUGGAGACUGCUCACUAUACAGACAGUUGUGUGCAACACUAUCAGAAGACUUGGGCGUAUGCAAAAGUCAGCAAUUUUUUAAGCAAGAUUCUAUCAGACAAGGCAUAGGUAGAUAUAAUAGUGGCAUUUAACAAAGGAUGUAUCACAAGAUCUUGUAAAUUGAGUUGUAAAAACAAACUAACACAAAUGAUAAACAUUUAAACAAUACAUUGAGCAUACACCUAUAAAAGACGUGCUCUCCUGGAUGUCUUAUGUCAUGGAUUUAACCUUAGAGGCUUAGAUUAGGAAAACUUGGCAGCUGAAAUGUAUGGAACAGCUCCCGAGAGAAAAUAUGAUUUAAACAAGUAAACUGUACACGAUAGAUUCAGAGUUACCUGGUC